GAGUUUUUCAUCGUCAUGCCUGAGCCAGCGAAGUCCGCCCCGGCCCCGAAGAAGGGCUCGAAGAAGGCGGUGACCAAGGCGCAGAAGAAGGACGGCAAGAAGCGCAAGCGCAGCCGCAAGGAGAGCUACUCGGUGUACGUGUACAAGGUGCUGAAGCAGGUGCACCCCGACACCGGCAUCUCGUCCAAGGCCAUGGGCAUCAUGAACUCGUUCGUCAACGACAUCUUCGAGCGCAUCGCGGGCGAGGCGUCGCGCCUGGCGCAUUACAACAAGCGCUCGACCAUCACGUCCCGGGAGAUCCAGACGGCCGUGCGCCUGCUGCUGCCCGGGGAGCUGGCCAAGCACGCCGUGUCCGAGGGCACCAAGGCCGUCACCAAGUGCACCAGCGCCAAGUAAUCCUGACAAAAUGUC